GGGGUUGGAUGAUGGCGGAGCCGCGUCGGGUGCCGUUCAUUAGUCUGUCACCCGUGAGGCGACGAGAAGGUGAGUCUCCGGUGCUAGAGCGAGAGACUGGAGGGGCCCGCGAGGCAGAGCAGCCAUUAGCGCGUGAGGGCCUGCAACUACCAGAUCAGCAGGAGCACCACCAUCACCACCUCCCCUAUGAUAACAGUCGGGUAGAGCCGCCAUCGCAACCCUUUGAAUCUUGUCCUCGGCCAGAGUCUCAUCCUGUGUCAUUACCGCGGGAGAUCAGUCGGCCUGAGCUGACACCAAAGCCACCUCAGCCGCCACCCCACCGAGAGUCCCCAAGGCCAGAACCGCCGCCGCCGCCGCCCCCUCAUCAGCAGCUAAAUCAAGAGAACAACCGACAGGAAUCAUCGCCGCCACCACUGGAGCAGACGGUUCGCUUUGAGUUGAUCUUGAAAGAUCCCACGGAGGAGAGCUGCGUGGAGUUCAGCUAUCCCGAGUUGCUCUGGAGUGGCAAGGCCCGGAAAAAAUCACUCAUUGAAGACCCAUUUGAUAAUGAAGAGCAUGAAAGGCAUGAAGUGGAAAUGCUGGCUAAGAAAUUUGAAACAAAAUAUGGUGGAAAGAUCCACAAACAUCGGAAGGACCGAGCUCAAGAUCUGAUAGAUAUGGGUUCUGGUUAUGAUGUAAAUGAUCCUUUCAUCGAUAAUUCAGAAGCUUAUGAUGAAUUAGUUCCUGCAUCCCUGACUACUAUAUAUGGAGGCUUCUACAUUAAUACUGGAAUUCUGCAAUUCCGCCAAGCAUCUGAUUCUGAAGAGGAGGAUUUUACAGGAAGCAGAAAGCAUAAACCAUCUAAGUUAGGUAAACUAAAAGAUGGUGACGACCGCAACAUGAAGAAACGAAAGCGAAAAGAGGAAGAGUCAGAGAAGGAGAAAAAGCCUCGGAAAAUUAAAGUUACUAAGCAGUUGGGGGUAAUAGCAUUAAAUUCACACAAAUCUGAAAAGAAGAAGAAAAAAUUAUACAAGGAUUCUUUUUCAUUGGCUGCUAUGAUCCGAAAAUUUCAGAAAGAGAAAGAAGCCUUUAAAAAAGAGGAGGUUAACCUGAAUCCCACAGUAGCAACUACCUGUUCUACACCCAGUAAACUUCCUAUUGCUCCUGCCAUUGGUGGUAAUGAUGUGUCUGACUUGAAUCUCAGCAUUACAGAUCCAGUCCUUUCUAUUUUUGGCAGCACUAAUGAACGUGAGCUCCUGCAGGAAGCUGAAAGUGCCCUGGAGAUGCUGGGAGACAUUGAUUUUGAUAGGUUGCUUGAUGGUACCUCUGAUGGAAGCCCAGUAUCUGAGCCUUUAGGAGAAAAUGGAAGUGUCACUCAGCCCCCCCAUACUGCUGAGGUCCUGACUUUGAAACAAGUGCCUGCUCUCCCACAAGGUCUGCCAGGACAUCUAGAAAAGCGUAUUGAAGACCUUAGAAUUGCUGCCAAGCUCUUUGAUGAAGAAGGCAGAAAGAAAUUCUUUACACAGGACAUGAAUAAUAUCUUGCUCGAUAUUGAGAUGCAGUUACAGGAAUUGAAUCCUACUUUCCGAAGUGGAGUGUAUUCUCAUAUUGAAGCUUUUGUACCAUGCAAUAAGGACACAUUGAUAAAACGUUUGAAGAAAUUGCAUUUCAAUGUCCAGGAUGAUCGCUUGAAGGAACCAUUGCAAAAAUUGAAGUUGGCUAUCAGCUGUGUCAUGCCUGAACAACUAUUCAAAUACCAGGAAGAUUGCCAGGCACAUAGUCAAGCCAAGAAUGCCAAAAUGCAAGCAGAAGAUGAGCGAGACAAGAAUGGUUCAGAAGAGGAGGAUGACGAGAAACCAGGAAAGAGGAUUGCAGGUCCAAGAAAAAAAUUCCACUGGGAUGAGGCAGUGAGGACUUUGCUGUGUAACCUUGUCAAGAUAAAGCUGGAUUGUUAUGAGCUAGAGCCAAAUAAAAGUCAAUCUGCAGAAGAUUACCUCAAGACAUUUAUGGAAACAGAGGUGAAGCCUCUUUGGCCAAAAGGUUGGAUGCAAGUUAGGAUGCUAUUUAAAGAAAGCCGAAGUGUUCAUAAUCAUCUCACAUCUGCUCCGGCAAAGAAGAAGGUGAUUCUGGCACCUAAACCCAAAGGAAAGGACUCUAGUCCAAAGAAGGAGCAGAGAGUAUGUCCCCCUUUUGCUUCAGCUUGUGUUCCUGCUUCAAGUACUAGCAUACCUAUCAAUGCUGUAACCAGUUGUAUUCCAGCUCCAGAGACAAUUUGCCUAGAUGACUCACUGGAUGAAGAUUUGUCAUUUAAUCCUCCUUCACUGGAUUCUGUUUCUGAUGCUCUGGCUGCUAUUAACAAUGGGGUGAAGAGUUCUUCUGUUGUGUCCCCUGUAGACACAUCUGUUUCAAGACCUCGGGCAGGGCUAAGAGAAGAGAAGUUAGCAAGCAUAAUGAGCAAAUUACCGCUGUCAUCCUCCAAAAAAAUAGAGGCUGUUCAAACACAACAUUCAUCAAGUCUUAUAGCUGGACAUAUAGGACCAGUACCAAAGAAAUCCCAGGAUUUGCUUCAGACUGGUAUCUCUUCAGGCCUUAUUGCUGGAUCUACAAUUCAAAAUCCCAAGGUUUCCUUGGAACCAUUGCCAGCCAAGCUUCUGCAGCAAGGGUUACAGCGGUCAAGUCAAAUACAAGCUGCUUCUUCCCAGACCCAUAUUUCUUCCUCGUGUAAAGGGCAAGCUACAGUUUCUCCUACUUCACAAAGGCCAAAAGAUACAGUUAUGCUUGUAACCUCUUCAGAGGUCCAAAGCUGUGGCUCCUCAACAAUGCAAGUAGCAAAAGUUCAUCAGCAGCCCACUGCUCAACAAAAAUAUGUGUCUCCUCUGCAAGUUACUAUUAGUAAAUCUCAAACCAAUCCUGUGGUAAAAUUAAGCAGCAAUCCCAAACUUUCCUGUUCUUCCCCAGUAACCAAGACUUCAGAUAAAUCAGUAGUAUACCGCCUUCCUUUGUCUAGUGCCACCUCUGGGAGUUCUCAAAUGGUUCACCCACUUGUGUCUCGGACAACAUCCUGUACCUCUACCUCUAGUAAUUAUUUGGCCAAGGCCAUGGUAUCACAUGUUUCUGCCCAGGGUUUCAAGCCUCCUUUCUCCAUGGUUGCCUCUCCUAAACCAGCUGUCUCUCCCAAACCCUCAGCACCCAAGCCUUCUAUAACAUCCAAAUCUACUGCAUCUCUUAAACUACCCUCAUCUAAGUCCAACUCUACAACCAAGCCCACAUCAUCAUCUAGUUCUUCCAGUCCAAGUACGCUAAUAUCCCAGAACAGUCACUCCAACAACAAUUCCCUUCAUAAACAGUCCAGUGGAGUAAGUGUCAACCGACAAUCUUCCACAAUUAAUUUACUUUCCUCUAACCGAACCUCAGGCUUUCAACCAGCAAAGAAUCCUCAAGCCCCUUCUAAAUUAUCCAGUUCCUCCGCCUCUGGAACUGCUGGCAAAAAUAACAUGAGUGGAGUUGGAUUGAAUGUACCUAUUAAUAGUGGAAGCCGCUUAAAUGCAAGUGGGGCUAGUAGGACUAAUCCCUCUGGAGCAGCAGGAAGUGGAGCACAGGGUGCUAAUAAACAGUUAUCAACUCCACAUAGACCAUCUUCUGCCUCAGGGUCUACAGUUAUACCAGCCAGUGUACAGUCAACAACAGGUGCAUCAUUACUGGCAAAUGCUUCACCUUUGACUCUCAUGGCAUCACCAUUGUCUGUAACCAGUCAGAAUGUGACAUCUACUCCAUUGACUCCUUUUGGGAUGCUGGGGAGUCUUGUUCCAGUGACUAUGCCUUUUCAGUUUCCAUUGGAGCUUCUUAGCUUUGGAACAGACACGGCUGGAGUGACAACCACCUCGGGAUCUACCUCAGCAGCUUUCCACCAUAGUAUAACUCAGAAUUUAUUGAAGGGUUUACAGUCAGGAGCUCAGCAUUCAGCAGCACUGUCUCAUACAUCUCUGCCUGCUCAUUUGCAGCAAGCUUAUUCAGAUGGCCAAAGCAAAGUGGAUGCUAAGUUACAGAGGAAACCCCAGUGAUGUUCUGCUAAGUAAGAGAGUAAAUGUGGUUCUACUUUGCUGAUGGAGAAUGACCAGUUGGGAGAGUGCUUACAUGGACACAGAGCUGCUGUUUCUGUCAAUGUUUACAUAUUCUGAUCCUAAGCACUGUGGUGAGGACAAAAAAAAAAUACUUGAUCAAAGAGAGAAGAAAAAGGAGGAAAGUGUUCUUAUUAAAAAAAACUCACAGUUUGAUUUUGUUUUCAGGACAGUUCUCAAAGCCUUUUAUCCCAAUUGUCUCAGAAAGGGUUGGCCAAACAGGUUCAGUUGUCAAACCUACAGCAACCCCAAACCUUUUUGCAGGCUGAUGUCUGAUAAAGGAACUAUGAAAGGAAACUAAAGUAAACAUCUGUAUCCACCAUGCAAGUAAGGCCAUCCAUCCUGUUCAGCCAUGUGGAGGCUUCAGGAAAGUCUACAAGCUAUAACAGUUAGAAACAUUCUCUGCAAGUUUGAAUAAGGUGAAGUAUAGAGGAGAAAAAAUGUUUUAUAUCAGCCUAAAAGGAAGUACGCAUUUUCUCUACCCAAAAUCAAGGCCGCUUGUUUGCUCUUUGAAGAGCCUGAAAAUUAUACUUAAUUUGCUUUGGCUAAUAUUUUCCCUAGAUACUGUAACUGAUCAGGACAGAGGAUUUUCUAUUUCAGAUAAAGAUUUUAAAAAUGGAGAGUGUUUUGUAAUUGCACAUUUCAGUGGAACUUAAAAUCUUCCUUUUAGUAUCAAAAAUUCAGAUAUAAGAUUAGCAUGAAUUGGCUUUAUCAGAGCAUACCUUUGUUUUCAGUAUCUUUGAUGGAAGGUUUAUUUUAUCACUUUAGAUUUGCUGAACCAUUUCAGAGUUGCCUUAUUUUUCAUAUAUUGAUAGAAUGUAGAAAUAUUCCGUUUCUCUCCUUUGGGAAGAUAGUUUCUGAUUCUUCUUCCUCUUCUAUUAGCUUUGAGAAGAUAUGUGCUGUAUUGAUUCUUUACAGCUUUUAAGUAAGACCUUUUAUCAGAACUGUUCAAAGCUCUCUCCAAAGAGUAUAGUUGAGGUGCCUUCUGUUUAGGCUUUAACAUUCUUAUUCCCAGUAUUCUUUAAAUUUGCUAAGCUGGGAGAUACUUGAUUUGUUGUUGCUUGAACAUACAACUUGUAGGCUGGCUUUGAUUUUGAAACCAUUAUGUUAAAAGUCUAGGAAAGAAAUGUAGGAACUGCUUUAUAUUGCACUCAUUAACUAAUGCAGAAGAAAUGUAUUUGAGGAUGUAAUUCUGGGAGAAAAAGUCAAAACAAUGUCACAUUAUGUUGUAAACAUUUCAAUGGAGGUCAAAUCUAGAAAUCAUAGUUUAAUCCCCAAACCAAAGUCUUUUCUUUAAUUUAAAUCUGAUAUUUUAUUUUUUAGUAAGAGUUGGGUUUUUUUAAACAUUUCUGGCGAUAUGGUCAUCAUCCAGCAGAAAUAUGUACAUAUGCCAGCAUGUUUUGCUGGAGGCUUCUUUGAUUCCAACUACAAUCUCUAAUGCUGCUCUAAAAGGAAACCACAUUUUAAAAAGACAACUAGCUGUGUCUAUUGAUCAGCAUUAAUUCCUACAGUAGGAAACUCAGUAAUAUCUAUGGCUUCCUAUAAAAUUCUACUUCUUAUGUGCAUAUAGUUUUACUGUAUGGUGGCCAAGAUAAUUCUUCUGCUGUUUUGUGACAGACAUGUAUUUAGUUAUUAAGUUUACAGAGAUAUGUUAUUUCAUCUUACAAAGCCAGGUAGCUAAUCUUACUGAUUCAGAUUACUUAUCAUAUUUGUAAAACAUGUGUAUAUUUAAAUAAUAUAUAAUAUAAACAUAGUAACUGAAUGUUGGGUUGACCCUAUUAAUUUUUUUAAAAAAACUUGCACAAAAUACGGAUUAAAAAUAGAGUCAAAUCAAUCUGGAAUAGAAGGUAAACAAAGGGCUUUUAAAAAACAUAACUGAUAGUUUCAUAGAAGAAACUACAAAGUUCAGAAUGUUUUUUGCAUUCACAAAGCCUUCCUUUUCCCUUCAAUAUUAAUUGGUUAAUUUUAUCUUCUUGAUUGAUUUGCUUUCAUUUCAAAGGUAAGCAAAAUGUUCUCCAUGAGCAUAUCCACAAAUAGCCAAAUAUACAGUUCUUACUGAAGAUUUACUGUUACAUAAGUUGUUUCCUUGUGGCAAAUUCAGAUUUGUGUGUUUAAGCAUGUACACACACACGCACAUAUAAAUAAAAAAAUACCUUUGGAAGAAAAGACUUAAAAUAAAAAAUGUAUUUGAAACAAUGUUUUUAAAAUAUCAUAAAAAUGAAAUUCUCUUAAAAGAAAGAGGCAUACUAGGACCCUGACAUUCCAUAUUGCAUUAUGAAAACUAAAUAUUGAGUAGUUGAUAACUUUUAGAUUUAGUUUUCCCUGAUAUACAAAGUGAUAGAAAGUGUGAAAGGUAAAACUAUUUUUCUCUUUUGGAAACAAUACACAGUACAGAAUAGAAUUAGUCAGAGUUAUAUGUUUCUGAUUCUGUUUUCCCAUAAAUUUAAAGCAAAACAUGGUGGCAGAAAACGGUUUAUGUUAAAAGAGUUUGAAAUUUUUCUCAUAAAAGUGGUUUUCUUGUUGCUCAUCAAUAUUUCUUAUGUAGAAUUUAAUCAAAGCACAUUAAUUGAUUUGAAUUUAUUAUUCUUAUUACAUGGCAUGCAAUUGGGGCCUCUCUGUUUUGCUAAAUAUAUGAAGAGACUUCAGCUCUUUUCAAUUUAAUAGCAAACUGGAGUAUCUGGAGACAUAAUGCUAUGAAAGAAGUGAUAGAAGACAAUUGCUCCUGAUGUUCUCAAUAAAACAAGAAUUUUAUGAUUAGAAUAAAUCUAAUAAAACGAUACCUCCAUGAGCUUCUCUACAAUGGACAUAAGGACAUAAAGAAGAUAAUCAGAAUUGAAAAGAGUAGAUAGAAUAUUAGUGCCAUUACAAUGCAAGUGAGAUAUACUUCCUGCACAGCAAUUUUUAAUUUAGCUAUUUUUAACAGCCUAGUUUGUCUUAAAAUGUAUUUGGAGAGUUAAAUAGCUCUUAUGUUAAAUCUGUUCAGUAUUCACAAGCAAUAAAAGGUAAAACUUUCAUUUCUGAAUUUAAAUUGUUUUGAGACUUAGGGCUAAAAUAGUGAUCAUACACUGAGCCUCAAAUAUAAGCAAUAAUUUUGACAUACAGGUUUUGAAUUUUAGAAUCAUUUAAAUUAUGUGUUUCUUGUCCAAAUGGGGACAGUUAGUAAUUCCUUAGGUUAUCUUGGAUCUUUAUGAAGUAUGGAGAAAGGAUAUAAACAAUGAACAAAGAAAUUUCUUAACAAUGCAUACUUUCAUCCCCAAGGUAAUAUAUGAUGGCUUAAAAUCAUUCCUUUUUCAGCCUUUUAUAUUGUCUUGUCUCCAGCAAAACAGAUGGGAAUGUUGAGUCAAAAUCUCAGGUGUGGGUGCUGUGGGUUUGACAUCUGUUUCCAUGAAAUAAUGGUUUAAUUUAUUCAGUAGGCUAUGAAUGGGGCAGGUAAUCAUGGUUUGCUUCUUCAAACUCUUAGCUGACUAAUCCAACCUCCAUUUAGCCUCUCCAUUUGAUCCAAAGCAGUUGAUAUAAAAAUAAUUCUCAAAUCCCAAGCUACCAUCAGUUACAUUGAAUCAUAAUCAGAUGAUAGUUUCUUAGGACUCACAGUUAUUUACUAUGUUUGCUGCUACAUUCAUUAAAAUAUUUUUGAUUAUAUUUAUAAAUACAUUUAAAUCUAGUUUACACAGUGAUUUUUAGAACUGCCCAGAAAAAAAUUAGGAUGUUAGUUUUUUGGAAUGUUGACAAGUGAUAUAAUUAUUACUCUUAUUUUUGAACUUUUCAGAAUAGUAGUACAGGAAAAAAAUCAUGUUAAAUUUUGGAAAGUUUUUUUACCUAACUAUUUGCAUAAUUUGUUAUGUUAGGAGUUCACAGAACACUUUUUAUUUUCCAAACACUUUUACACCAAGAUUAGAAUAAUAAAUAGAUAUCAUAAAAUGUUUAUGCAAUUAUAAUUGUAUGCCAUUUAGGAGAUACUUACUUGAUACAGGCUUUUGGUUAAGUGCCUUUUCUUUUUGUUCCCUCUUAUCCCCACAAAGUAUAUUCAGAGGUCCUAAAGUGUUUGGAGAUAUUUGGAAAGUCCUUGAUCCUGCCCAAAUGACUUUAUGUUGUUAAAAUAACUUUACUCUUCUGUAAUUAGUGUUCAGUACAUGUAAUGUUGUGACUGCUGUUGCAUAACUCUCAUUCUUAUGUGCUUGUUCUUUGCACACAGCAAUAUUUUCCUUAUGUUAAAUUUGUUUUUGUAGUAUUAAUGUUUACUUCUGAAAAUGAACUUUGGCACAAUUUAUAAACAGUGUAUUUGAGCAACUGUAAUGAAGUGGUUGGUAGUACACUAAGCCAUUUCCACUGGAGUUUCAGAUUGUAAUUUAAAAUAUCAGUCUAAUAAUCAUGUUAAACCAGCCAUUCUAAAAUUUGGCAUUUUCCCCUUUGACAGAGAAAGAGCAGAAUAUUUCUUCACAUUAAAAAUGUUAUAAAUAAUUUAUAUUUGAAUGGUUACAGACUAGUAGACAAUAAAAUAUUUUAUAUUUCUGCAAUAAAAAUAUUUUCAUAUGGCCUCUGAUGCCUAAGAUGCUUCACCCUAGGAAGCUGCCUGUUGAUGGUGACAGUAAUUUAAUCUUCUAAAUUAAAAUUUUAGUUUUCCAUGCACCUAAUACAGUGAGAGCUUCUUUGCAUUGCUCAGAUACAUAUAUUUAGAUACAUUGUAAAACAAAAUUUUGCUCUAAGUAACAAAUUGGCUAAAUCAAAGAAUAGCAGUAUACUUUUAAACAAAAAAAAAUCACAGCAAGAUUUCCCUGGGUUUUUUUUCCAAAUUUGUUACCAAGGUCUGUGACAAAUGUAAGAAUGCAACCCACCAAUCAAAAUAAGUAUUCAUAUAUUUUAAAAUUUUUAUUGUAUUUAUAAAACUUUUCACUUUUUAAAACUACCAGAUAUUAUUAUUAAGGUUCUACUGAUCUUUAAAACAAAGUUGCAUUCUAUUUCAAAUCAAUUCUGAAUGGAUGGUUGAAUACUCAAAAUAAUAUUGAAUUCUGCUAGAAAUUAAAGAACUAUCUUUUGUUCAGAUAAAGCAAUUUGGUAUGAUUGAGGAAUAUAAAGUAUUUUAUACAAUUAGUUAACAUGUUUCUAAUUGCAGUAACAGAUGAAUUUCCUGCAAGAGUCUAAAAAAACUUCCUUAUAGAAAGAAAAUUCUUACUAGGAAGAAAGGGAUCAGUUGUCAUGCUGAAGUCUAUUGUAAACUAUAUUUGGUUUUCAAAAUUGAGUUUUUACAACUUUGAACCAUUUGUUCCUAAUUUUUAAGAAUUAUUUUCUGAAUGUAUUUCUCAGGACACUAUUGCUUAGUUUUUUAUGUAUAUAUACACCUUUUAACAAUCUUUAGAAGUUGGAGAAACUUGUAUUGACACUUGAAGAAAUCACUUAGAAUAAUCCAUUUAGAUAUGAAUUUGAUCUAGGCUUAAGUAUCUGGAAAAAUGACUGGCAGAAGUGAAUGCCUCUAUAACAAUCAUUUCAGAUACCACAACUAAUAUAGAUCAGGAUAAACUGUAAUAUGAAGAGCUGACAAGAAAUAUCUGAUGACCUAGAACAAUCUUCUGCCAGCCCUCUUGCAGAUACCUAAAUCUGAAUCCAUCCCCAUAUUUAGAUAAUUACUAAUGUUGUCUUUUAAUUGAAUUAUAUUUUGUUGAGCCAUGUCAGAAAACUAGGAUUCUCUGGGGCAAUUUUUGUUCAAUGAAAUAUGUUUGUUCUAUGUAACAAACACAUUUCUGGAGCUUUGUAUCCCAAUAUAAUACUUUAAUCUUUGCAGUGCUCCUGAAACAAUAUAAGUAAUGUACACCUUAUGUUAUAAAAUUUUGCCUUUUACAAUACAUUAGACAUUUAAAUUUGGUGUGGUAAAAGGGAAAAUAUUUGAUUAUCUCAUCACACAUUGGAAUAGUUGAGAAAAGUCAGCUAAUUUAAAAGUAAAGAUUGUAGGCAGAGCUCUCAGACCUUAAAGGCGGUUGGUCUUUAGUACAGUAGCAUUUUAUGUUCAGCACUGCCUUUCUCUGUAAUGCUUUAUUUUGAUUUUAGUAGUCAGUAAAAUUGCUUAUUACAAAACUCCAUGUUUAGUAUUACAGAUAUUUCCCCCUGGCUACUGUUAUUAUCUACCCAAAGAAACAUGACAAAGCUUUUUGAAUGUGUUUAGUAUGAAAAUAUUUUUGUAAAAGUGAAAUUAAAUUUUAAAUAGCAGGAACAUUUUCACCAGUACAGUGAUAGGGUUCUGAGAGACUAGGAGGUUUUCAAAAUCUGAUGGUGAUAUCCUUUUACUAACUAUAAUCAAAGAUGCAGAUGUGGAAUAAAGAACAAUCUCACAUUUGAAAUUAGUAAAUCUGUAAGUAAAUAAAUAUUUCACCUGUACAAAGAGAGGACAAUUAGUUAAUUAGAUCAUUCACAUAGAUUCUUCUUUAGAGAAGUGGUCUGAAUAUAUAUCUUCUUUGGCGCCUUUCAACAGUUGAUUGAAGAAUCCAGAGGAUUAAAUAUCAUGUUGUAGAAGCUGGUGCACUUUUUUGCAUGUAUUUUCAGUCAAGAACAUUUGCUUAAAAUAAAUUUAAUUUAAAUUGGUGAGCAGUGUUACAAAUUGCAUCCAUCUCUCAAACAUGUUUUAAUCAUAUUCUGUACCUAAGUAACACAAUUUAAAAAUAAAAACAUAAAGUUAGGAUUUUCUAUACUGUAAGAUAAAUUCUGCAGUUGGACAUUGAUGUGAUUAUAAAUAUGAAACAUUGAGCUGAACUUGUCAUUCUAGAAAAGAACAUGCUUUUCAUAAAUUGAUUCUAACAAUAGUGCAGGUUUCAAGUUUAAAAAAAUCUAGAAAUUCUAUUUUAGUAUUUUUCUCCUGAUGGAAACAAUAUUUCUGAAUAUUUUCUCAAUAUUCAGCAAAACUUAAAAAAAUACCUGGUUAGCCAUACAAAACAAGGAGAUGUCCUUAUUGACAAAAUUGAUCCACUGAUACUUGGGAACUUGGUUAUAGAUUUUCUAUAGACUUAUUUAAGGUACCUAUUUUUAUCAAGUUAGUGGUGCUAUAAUUAUCCAUGUCUAGGAAACAUAUCUGAAGCAGUUAUUCUGUUCUGUGUAUAGCUUGGCUCUAUCUUUGAACCUAAGUAUUUCUAAAAUUAGUGGAAGGUUUGAGCCAUGUGGGAAGAAUAUUUGUCUUCCUUGUGACAUGUUUUCCAUGCAACAAAUAUGUAGCUGCUCUCAAUAAGAGGGCUUGUAUCAUUAUACACAUUUAGUUACUUGUGCCAACUGCUUUUUGGCUUAUUUUUUACAGAAGUGUAUUCUACCAACCUGAAAAAUUUAAAAGAAUGAAUUGAUCUUUUUCUCCUAUUAUUCCAAACACAAUAUUUGAAUUAUUUUUUCCAUAAUAAUCUCAGGACCUGAAAGAUUGUAACAUAGUGUGUCUUAAAAGAUGUACUGCACCAGCCAUGAAUUUUGUAAAUAACCCUUUCAUUCUCCUUUUUAUAAAUAUCUGUUUUAAAGUAUGUUAGGCUCUUUAUCAGACCUGGUGCCUGCUUACUUUCCACGUAAAACUGGAGUACAGAAAAAGGGAAGCUGCUGCCACAAAAAGCCUAUGCCAGUUCUGAAUGUAUAUUCAGGUCCUUUCCAGUUUCAAAAUAGAGUUAAAUUAACUGGGAAACAAAUGCUUUCCUCUUCGUACAUUUUAUCAUAUCAUGGGCCUGGAAACUAAAAUGGUGAAUAGCAUAUUGCUCCAAAAACUCAUGGGUUGAGUUUUAUAGAAGAGUGGUUUUUCUUCAGUGGUUUUCCUGCUUCUAUAAUCCAGGAAUUACUGUCUCAAUUUCACUUUUUCAAACAGGGUGUGGAUUAUUCUUUUGGCUGGAGACUGAGAAUCCAUCUAUAGUUAAUUAGCAGAUAUUUGAUCAGAAGUGAUCAGUUUGAACGUUCAAACUGAGAGUAGAUGUGCCUGUCUUUAAAUGUGACAGGAGUUUCAUGAGUGUUUUUCUUUUGUAUGUGUCAUGUGUCUGUGCUGUAUUAAAUAAAGAGGAAUGUACAUAC